UAUCCGGGUACUUUAGUGUGUGCGGAAGUAGAAUUGCAACUCGAGACAGGACUUUAAUUCGCUCUUCGGUCCUCCUCGAGAUGACGUCUAACGAACCCAAGAGAAAGCAAGUUGGGAGAUAGCCUAUGAGUUGAAUAAGCAAAGAUCGGUGAGGGUGGUUAUGUUCGUUGCCCUUCGCAGCUGACUACAGGACAGUCUCCAUGCUAACUUUCAGCGCGUCCUGAGCUGUGCGGAGUUUUAAUGUUGCACGUGGACUUGUUUUAUUGUCUGAUUGCGUUUCGAGUUUUUAAUCCCAAUUUGGCUCAUGGCGGCGAUGGAAUGUCGCGUGUUGUCCAUUCAGAGUCAUGUUGUCCGAGGAUAUGUUGGAAAUAAGUCCGCAACAUUCCCUCUGCAGGUUCUGGGUUUUGAAGUGGACUCUAUCAAUUCUGUGCAGUUCUCCAAUCACACAGGCUAUGCUCACUGGAAGGGUCAAGUACUGAAAGCUGAUGAGCUCAAUGUGCUCUAUGAGGGCAUCAAGCUCAAUAAGGUGAACCACUAUGACUACAUCCUUACAGGGUACAGCAGGGACACGUCCUUCCUGAUGACUGUUGUUGAGAUUGUUAAAGAGCUCAAAAAGGCCAAUCCCAAUUUAGUUUAUGUUUGUGACCCUGUAAUGGGAGACCAUGGUGCAAUGUAUGUCCCAGAGGAACUUCUGCCAGUCUACCGGGACAAAGUAGUGCCUAUGGCCGACAUUCUUACCCCCAACCAGUUUGAAGCAGAGCUUUUAACUGGGAGGAAAAUCCACACCACAGAAGAUGCUCUUAAAGCAAUGGAGUUGCUUCACAAGAUGGGUCCAAAAACGGUGGUACUCACUAGUACUGAGUUGCCUUCGAAUCAAGGAGGCCAGUACCUUUUGGCCCUUGGGAGCCAAAAAAUUGAAAAGCCAGAUGGUACGAUGAGCAUUCAGAAGAUCUGCAUGGACAUCCCCAAAGUUGAUGCUGUGUUUGUGGGGACCGGGGACCUGUUUGCUGCCUUGUUGCUUGCAUGGACACAUCAUCAUCCCAGUGACCUGAAGGCUGCCUGUGAAAAGACUGUUUCGGUUAUGCACCAUGUAAUUAAACGGACCAUUAAUUAUGCUAAUGAAAAAGCCGGCCCGGGGCAAAGGCCCAGCCCUGCACAGUUGGAGCUGAGAAUGGUUCAGAGCAAAGGCGAUAUUGAGAAUCCUGCCAUCGUUGUGGAAGCGAAAUUUUUACAAACGUCCUAAUAUCAAAGAUGAAUCCUUGAAGAUGUUCAGCUGUGAAGACUCAUUACUCGCACUCUGUAUGGAGACACGCCAGAAUCACUGCCAUACAUCGAUGUACUAUGGCUUUUAUAAAUAUCAUCUUCCUUUGCAUAGUUUUAAAACAGAUAUUAGCCUAUAGGGCUUAUUUUUAGAGCCAGUUUUUUUGGACUACUAAAUGUACUUUAAUAAUCCUUUUAGGUAUAUUGUAACUUAUAAACAGGUGUACUUGUACAUGCCGCUGUGGUCAGAGCUGAAUUCAUCGCUAUCAGUGUCUUGUUCUCUUUGUAAUUAUUAACUCUAAAAAUUUGACAAAAUAGGUUUGGAUAAAUCUGUAAUUAUUAACUCUAAAAACUUGACAAAAUAAGUUGGGAUAAAUCAUUGAGGUGUCACUUGCUGAAAUAUGCAGUAAUGUCACCGCGACAUUGAAAAUAACAACUGUGUAUGGAAUAAAUGUGACAGCUCACGCGUUGAGGUUUGAGGCAUUAUGAUAUGUGUACUGCAACGCUGUACUAAACUAUUCAAACCCGGUGAAGAUUGUUCAUGAUCCAUAUACUUUUAUUGGUACGAUUUAUUUGCCAGUGUUUUUGUUGUUAUAGAAUUGUAGCCCCACUGACAAUUAUGAUUAGUUGGUGUUUUAAGCACCACACCUCCUUAAUCCAUGCCUUUAAUUUUCAUGACGUUCAUCCAAAUAAGUACACAUUAGAUUCCUGUCUUAAACCAUCUCAAAUUGAGGUACUUGCACAGAUAAUUUUUAAAAGACAAUAUUUUCUGUACUGUUGAUCGGCAUUCUUUUGUUAUUGCCAUAUCUCAGCACUAAUCAAUAGCCUUAAAGCAGAAAGGAAGUGAAGCUGGUUUUGAAUGUUGUUUUUGUGUGUGUGUACAAAUGUAUUAGUUGCUCAACACAAAUAUAAAUUGAAGGCCAAAACAUUGAGCCGCUUCUCUAACACAACAAAUGGAAUGACUGAUGUAAUAAAAACUAUGUAAUAA